AUGAAGUCAACACAAAUAGCAAUCAUAGUUGUCGCGGCCGUCCUUUCAAUUCUCUAUAUGGUCGGCGUGAUAGCACUCGGAUUACAUCUAAUGCACAAAAGUAUGGAGAAAAAAUUAAUUGCUAAAAUUUCAUAUGUCAAAAACAAAUUGGGUUACUUAGCAGUAACCAACAUUUCCAAGACUGAUGAAGAUAAAUUUAAUAGUUUUCAAGCAGAUUUUAGUACAUCAACGGAUUGGCAUGAUAAUCCUUCUGAACUUAUCAACCUAUGUAAUUUUGCGACACUUCUCAUUAAGUAUUACAACUUGAAGCCUGAUGAUAAAACAUCGAAAGAAUAUCUGAAACUCGCGAAUGAUAUACUAAAAAAAUUAAACGAGCGUAUUUUUAAACCAAAAGACUACUCAACCCUAGUAAAAAGCAACUCUUGUGAACUAUUGAGUACUUUACUGAUAUUAUUGAAUACGUUUGACUACUUGGCUGACGAGACAUACCAAAGCACCAAGACCAUCUGUCAUAAACAGAUACUUGAGAUGGUGCCAGAAUUCAACAAAAUACGUUUGGGAGGAGUUCCGGAGUCUAAUUUAAAUCGAUUCUAUAAAGAUUAUAAUGUCAUUUAUACAAUCACUGCGAGAUUGUUAACUAACAUUAAACACAACAGAUCUGUAUACCAAUAUGAUGUUGAGCAAAAAGAAGUGAUCCAAAUACUUAAAACCCAAUUUGAUUAUCUGUCAAAAACACCCGAAGAGAAAAACAAAUUUCAUCUCUACGAAGUUUAUUAUAGUGUUUAUCAAAUUUUGAGCAAUGAUGCAUUUACCUCUUAUGAAAAAUUGGCUAUUUAG